AUGGAGGUGGAUUCCAACUAUGAGGAUGAAGAGGACGGGCACGAGAACGGGGAGGGGGAGGAGAACGGGGCCGAGGCCGAGAACGACGACGACGACGACGACGACGACGACGACGAAGACGGCUCAGCCGACGAAGGCGACUAUUGCAGCAGCAGUGGUCGCGAGUCCUCAGCGCCGUUGCGGCGGCAGCCUCUGCAGCGAUCGGCUGCGGCUCAGCCGCAGCUGGAAGUGGACAGCAACAGCGAGGUGGACGACUGCGAUGCGUGGAGCCACAGCGGCGGGAGCAGCAGUCUGGAUUCCGAGACGACGUCGAUCGGGUCGGCGGCGUUUGAGUACGAGUACGAGAAUGGGCGCAGAUACCAUGGCUUCCGGGCGGGGCAGUAUGCGCUGCCCAACGACGAGGCCGAGCAGGAUCGAUUGGAUAUGAUGCAUCACAUCUACUCGCUGAUGCUUGGCGGGAAACUCCAUCUGGCGCCGCUGAGGAAGCCGCGACACAUCCUCGAUGUGGGCACGGGAACGGGGAUCUGGGCAAUAGACAUGGCGGAAUUGUAUCCGGAAGCCUCCAUCAUCGGCACGGAUCUGUCGCCGAUUCAGCCCGGCUGGGUGCCGCCGAACGUGCAGUUCUUUGUGGACGAUGCCGAGUCGGACUGGACGUUUGAUGGCGAGUUUGACUUCGUCCAUAUCCGCGGAAUGCUGGGGUCGACCGAGGACUGGCCCAGACUGAUCGAGCAGGUGUUCACAGCCCUGAAGCCCGGCGGCUACAUCGAAAUCUUCGAAUGCCCGACAUUCAACAUAGCAUCCGACGACGACUCCUACCACAACAAGACCAAGCUCUGGAGAUUCUACGAUCUAGCCAACAAAGCGUCCAAAAUGGCCGGACGCCCGCUCACAAUGGCCGGCGACCCGCUGGAAUUCCUCACAGAUGCCGGCUUCGUCGAUCUCAGCGACGACGUCGUCAAGUUGCCACUGGGAACUUGGCCGGUCGAUAAGAAAAUGAAAGAGCUCGGCCAUUGGAUGACGUUGAUGAUACAAACUGGCUUUGAGGCGUAUGGACUGGGCUUGCUCACACGGUUUUUGGGCAUGAGCCCGGCCGAUGCGAAGCAGCUCUUUCAGGACUGUGAGAACGAGGUCAAGAGCAAAUCUGUGCACGGUUACUUCGACAUGUAA